CACAGUGGGAGCUUGCAGCUGCCAUUUGCUCUGAAACUAUCGCUAAACGCUAGCUUGAACUGCCUCACCUUCCCACCUUAUCUUCUUCUUCUUCUUUUUCUUCUUCUUAUACUUCUAACGCUCACAGACAGACCACAAUGGCAGACGAAGACUCAGCCAGACCUACUGAAUCAGAACAACAACAACAAGAACUGGAUGACCAACAAAAUGAGCAAGACCCAGAUGCAGAAAAGCUCUCCUCAGACGACUCCGACUCCGACUCCGAGUACGACUCUGAUGAGUCCUACUUCACCGACUACUCCGACGAGGAGCCCCUCACUUACGCCCGUCUAGUGGGUGAGCCGCCCGCGUCGGAGAACACCCCGGAGAUCAACUUCCGACGGUUCAGCCGGAUCCUGGACAGCAGGUACUUGAAGAAGAAGGAGGAAGAGGAGGAACGGGGCGUUAAGGUACACGAGGACCUCUUCGACUUUCCCAAGGACCCAGAGAACUGGAAAGAGGAGGACCUGAAGGAGCUCUGGGCCGACGCUCCUCUCCCAAUGACCAAGCCCGGCUGGGACCCCGUCUGGGCCGACGAGGACGACUGGGAGGUCGUCCAGGAGGAGGUAGAUGCCGGCCGGGACCCCAACAUUGCGCCAUUCUAUGUGCCGUAUCGGAAGCCUUACCCGGCGAUACCGGACAACCACCAUGAUAUAGAUAAUCCCAAGGCAGUGAUUGAGGAGUUGGAUAGGAUCGAGGAGUUUCUCAAAUGGGUCAGCUACAUUUUCGCCGAUGGGAGCUCGUAUGAAGGCACAGUUUGGGAUGACUUGGCUCAUGGAAAAGGUGUAUACGUUGCUGAACAGGGGCUGGUCAGGUAUGAAGGUGAAUGGCUUCAAAACAACAUGGAGGGUCAUGGCGUUGUUGAAGUUGACAUACCCGAUAUAGAACCUGUCCCAGGUUCCAAGCUUGAAGCAAAGAUGCGUGCUGAAGGGAAAAUAAUAUCAAGGGAUUAUAUGACCCCAGAGGACAAAGAAUGGCUGGAGAUGGAUAUUGAAGACAGUGUUCGUCUUGCUGACGGGGAGUAUGAAAUACCAUUUUAUGAAAGCGAUGAGUGGAUCAAACAAUUUGGGAGGAAACCGGAGAAGGGUCGAUACCGCUACGCUGGUCAGUGGAAGCAUGGCAGAAUGCAUGGAUGUGGUGUUUAUGACGUCAAUGAGCGUACCAUAUACGGUAGGUUCUACUUUGGGGAGCUAUUGCAGGAUUCUACUGGUUGUGAUGAAGAUGUUUGUGCGCUGCAUUCGGGUAUAGCAGAAGUAGCUGCUGCCAAGGCUCGGAUGUUUGUUAACAAGCCUGAUGGAAUGGUUAGGGAAGAGAGGGGUCCAUACAGUGAUCCUCAACAUCCAUAUUUCUAUGAAGAAGAAGAUGCGUGGAUGGCACCAGGUUUCAUUAACCAGUUCUAUGAGGUCCCUGAUAACUGGAAAACAUAUAUACAAGAGGUGGAUCAGGAGAGGGAAAUGUGGUUAAACUCCUUCUAUAAAGCACCACUAAGACUACCUAUGCCUGCUGAGCUUGAAUACUGGUGGUCCAAAGAUGAGAGUCCAGAAUUUGUUCUCGUCAAUAAGGAGCCAGAGCCUGAUCCUAAAGAUCCCUCGAAGCUUAUAUAUACUGAAGAUCCCCUCAUACUACACACACCAACCGGAAGGUUAAUUAAUUAUGUUGAGGAUGAGAAACAUGGACUUCGCUUGUUUUGGCAGCCACCUCUGAAAGAUGGGGAAGAUGUUGACCCGGAGAAGGCCCAAUUCCUACCCUUGGGCUUUGAUGAGUUUUUUGGAAAAGAAGUGGUUGUGAAGAAAGAAGGCAUAUGGAUGCGUAUUGUAUUGGCAGUGGAAAAUGCAUGCAAGCCAUUGUGAAAACUAGAGAAAUGGACAGAAGAGAAGACGAAAGCUUGCAAGAUGAAGAUGGAGGUGAUUGAAAAAGAACUUGAACUGAUAGAGGCUGAAUUGUGUCUGGAAGAGACCAUCGAGGAUAUGGAUGACGACUUGAAGAUGAGAGAGAAAGAGGAGGAAAAGAAGGUGGAAAUGGGUUUGGAGGAAGAAGAUACUUCUGCAUUGGCCAACCAAGAUGAUGAGAGAUCAGCAGUAGAAAAGGAGGCAGUAGAAGAGGAGGAAGAAGAAGAGGACGCAGUAGAAGAGGAGGAAGAAGAAGAAGAAGAGGAGGAUGUUGAACCUUCAAGUUUUGGGUCAGUUACUGCAGAUCAGGACACAGGAAGGAAUGGCCAAAAAGGAAAGAAACCUGGAGAACCUCCAUUUUCGACAUCUUCAUUGUCAUUUGCUUCUAGUAGCCUUGUUUCAGGGGUGCCAUCGAUGCUACAACAAUCAUUCCUAUCAUGGAAGGAGGCUAGAUCAAUGCUAAGGGCAGCUCCUCCCUCAUGUGUUGAGGGCCCCAGUGGUCGCCUGAGGACAGUUGACUCGGUCAGUUUUCCCCCAGUGUUUAGCUCAAAAGGACGGUUGAGAGCCGCGCAAACACACGGGAAAGUCCAAGUUCGAAGCCACUCAAGGGGAAGGUUAUCUCAGCUGCGUUCAAUAUCUCGAAUUCUAUCACAUUCAUCGGCUUCCGGGAACUCCAAAACAAGUCUAGCAGAGCCAAGAAGAAGCAGCUCUUGUUGGCUGCAUAGAGCACCGGAGAGGGAUUCAGACAGGAUAUUGUCUCUGCAGACGCCAAUGCAUUAUUUAGAACCAUAUAGAGAAACUAUAUGUGAUAUGCCCCCGUCUUUCCCCUGUUUAGCAUUUUCUGGGAACUAAAUGAUAUUGAAAGGGGUAAAUUUUUUUAUGGCCACAUUUUGGCCUUUUAUUCUGUGUGUACUUUAUUAGCUUUUGCCUUGUCUAAAGUAAGAGAAAUCAGAAAAUGAAAACACUUUGGGUAUUCAAAUGUAAUUUUCCUGUAAUUCAAAGGCUGAGGCAGUGAGACUCUGCCUCGAUGAAUUUUUCUUUC